ACCACACGGACGCACAUGCAUGCACAUCCAUAUCCAUCAUCAUUGAUUGUAUCCUCAGCUAAUCUCUUUUCUGUGCUUUCUUCAGGUUCUGAUAUGUGGCAUUCCACAGAAGAAGAUAUUGAUGUUGUAUCAGUUGAAAACAGUGCCAAUGGUGCCACUUCUGAGUCUGUUCUUUUGGAUUCCGAUCACUUUGGUUACUUUUCCCAAUUUCGCAACAUUAACAGUAAUAGCAAUGAGGGUCAACUAAGAUUGCUCGGUGACCUGGCCAAAAAUUUUCGCCACUAUAUGGACCACUUAUCAAACUUAGCUCAAGAUGACCCCUAUUGUAAUAACUCGUCGCUGGCAUCUGAAGAGCAGAAAGAAUCUCCUUGCAGCUGGUCACAAACCAGCAUUAGUUCUGCUUUGGAAUAUAAUUCUAGUAUGGAUGAGCCUACCGAAACCUCAGACCAUGUGACCGGAAUAUCCCGAUCGCGUGCAAGCAGCAGUUCAAAUGGAAGUGGUAGACGAGGGGCUACUUCUUCUGGACACUCUAAUAAUAUAAUGGACUCGUUAAAUCCUUAUACCCUCUUUAAUCUACCUCGUCCCAGCUCUAGUAGGUCACGUUACCGCUGCACUCUGCUCCGUGCAGACUCUCCUUACCCUAACACAUGGUCGAAUGCUGGUGCAAGUGGCAGCAGCAACAGUGCAUCCAGCAAUCACCAUCAUCACCGCCGUCAUCACCAUCAUCAUCACCAUCAUCACCCACAUCGACACCACCACCAUCACCAGUCUUCUUCGGUCGUCUCCAAGUCGGCAGGCGAGGACAAGGACUUCACAUCAUUGCACCAUAACCAUUGUUUCAAGCGCCAGCAUAUGCACGGCGCCAAUUCACUGUGUACAGGUUCAGAUCUAAGACCACGUGAGCGUAGAAACAGCAACAGCAGCAGCAGUAGCAGCUCGGCUUCUGAUAUCGAUGUACUAAAUUUACCAACUGGUUCUCAUGUUGAUUUAAACUCAAGUGCCAGCCGAACGGCUUCUCGCAGUCAUUCCACCAGCCACAGUCCUUCUGCGCACAGCAGCAACAGUAGCAGCAGCAGCAGUAGUAGUAGUAGUAGUAGCGUUGGUGGUAGUAAUAGUGGUGGUAAUGACGGUAUAAAUCUCCUUUCUUGUUGUGGUGGAAACACAGGUGAAACUUCUAAUGAACAGUUGAUCACACAUCCUCCUCCAACGAGAAGAUACAACAGCAGCAGCAACAACAACAACAACAAUAGCAGUGAAUGUUUAGCAAGUGUAGAAAACCAGUUGACAUCUGUCUGCUCACCCAAGCCAUGUCGUGUUGGAACACGUAACGCUAACCAAGAGACGGGCCAUAGUUGCACUGGCCACAACACCAUCCCAACCUCUCUAAAUACUAGCAGUGGUCAAUUUGCUGCCGGCAGCAGUACUGAUAACUGCAGUAGCUCCUACGUCGACUGCGAACUGUGCAUAACACCCCGGAGUGAUGCAACCCGCAGUUCUUGUAUCCAACACAGCAGGACCGACAAUACGACAGAACCGAUUGACUGUGACCAGAGGAAUGACCCUCAAUCUGAGUUGAGUAACUCUAGUAGCUGUGGCAGCAGUCUGAGUCAGACCUCUGGAAGUUUACUCUCGAAACUCUUGACUGUGGCCACAAACAUUAACAACACAACCGGAGAAAGCAGCGUUAGUUCUAACACUGACAACUCCACAGGAGAUGAGACCAGUGGCAGCACGCAAAAUGGUGACGGUCAGUCGCAGUCGCCUUUAUCAUCCUCUUCUUCUUCCCCUUCUACAUCAUCCUCAUCUUCAUCGUCAUCAUCUUCAUCCUCAUCGUCAUCUUCGAGACUGUCAUCUCUGUCAAGCACACACGGUGACUGGCAGGAACCAUUUCCUGUUAUACCCGACGUGCAACUAUCUUCCGAUUCUGACGACAGUGAUAUUGAAGUUGUCAAAGUAGAAACACUCAACAGCAGACGUCCUCCAAAUGGAGCUGAUGGCAGGACCACAGUCGUCGUUGACCUUACAGAAUCUGAUGAUGAACCCCUUUUAAGAUCUUAUGCAAUGCUGUGCCAGCAACCUUCAACUGUACCUACCUCUCUUACAACAUCGACAACCAGUUCAUCAGCUUGGCCGGUGUUUUCUACGGUCAUUUCCUCGUCUGCAUCAGCAGCAGCUGCUUCGGCCUCACGGAUGACCACGUCGCCUUCCGUGGGGCAAUCUUCCUCGCACAACAUGCCGUCGUGCAUGCUGUCUGGUUACAGUCCGUUGCCAACAAACUCUGGACAUCACCGACACCAACACCACUACCACACACCCACAAUGGCAUCAGCUGUGUCCCCCCAGCCACCACAUCAACACCAGCACCAACACCAGCACCACCACCAACAUCAACAUCAGUCUCAGCACCAUCACCAACAUCAACACCAACACCACCAAUCUCAGCAUCACCAGCACCACCAGCAUCAACGCCAACACCAGCACCAACACCAACAUCAACAUCAACACCAGCACCAGCAUCAUCAACACCAGCAAUCUCUACAACCGUUACCUGCUCACCUGAUGCCCAUACCAACCUUUUCAUCACCUUGCUACUUUACGAACCGUCAGUCAUGCUCAGACCAUACAUACAGCUGUAUACCAGUCAAUGGAUGGCAACCAGACACUAUGAGGAGAUGUAUGUUCCAUGACAACAUUCCACAGUCUUCUGUUCCACCACAAGCUCACAUUCACUCAAGUGCAUAUACACAUGGCUGUAUGUGUGCCCACAACAGCCAUAUGUAUCACAAUCCUUACCGUUCCCGACCGCCACCUGCUCACAUUCACCAUCACCAUUACCACUCGGCUCUUGUGUCGAUACCACACUCCCUCCAUCUACCCCCUCUGCCUCCUCCUCCACCGCCUCCUCCUCCCCCUCCGCCACCCCCGCCUCCGCCGCCUCCACAGCAAGCAUCAGCCCAAAGUACAUUGGCACCUCCGCCGCCGCCGCCUCCCCCACCCCACACUCCAGGUCCUUUGCCAGACCUGCUGAACAUGAGGCUCUCCUCCGCUGUGCUCUUUGCUAUUGCAGAGACUAACUAUUCCGACAGCAACAACUCUGCUGGUAACAGCAGCUGCACUAAUACGACCGCCUCAACGGCUGUUGGUCCCCAUGCCAUCCACAACGCAUCGUCUUCGAUGUCGGUCUCCUCCAACGAAGCAGUCGACGGCAGCGGAGAGGAGGACGAUUCCUAUACUCGUCAAAGUGGUACCUUCAACAGCUAUCUCAGAAGCCUUAACGAGAGGUCAACCUCAUCUUCCGCUUCUUCCUCUGGACAUUCGCGCAGACCUGUCGAUAUGCCAGCUCUUUUGCUGACAGAGCCUAUGUCAAACUGUGUUGCUCCCUCAUUACACCAACAUCUUCAUCACCAUUUUCACCAUCCGAGCCAUUUCUCCUUACUGUCAGCCAAUAGUUUACGAACUCGAGAAUUGCUCUUGCCUCGUCUUUUAGGAAUGGGUGCGCCAUUAUCGCAGGGGAGCAACUUGGACAAUCAUAUGUCAGGAAUAACACGAGGGGCUAGCCAGGCAGUUAUUGACCAGAACACCUUGCCACAUAAAUAUACGAAAGUAAAGCGCAGUGUUGAGGAAGAAAACGAAAAAUGUAUUAUAUGUCUUUGUGAAUUUGAACAUGGAGAAGAUAUACGCCGUCUGCCCUGUAUGCAUCUGUUCCAUAUAAGUUGUGUUGACCAGUGGUUAGUUACAAACACUAAAUGUCCAAUAUGUCGGGUUGACAUUGAGGCCGGUUCCAAGUCCCAACCCAUGUCCGACUGUUGAGUUGUGCUUUCAAAUUUCUCUGAUCUGUUUUAAUAAUAAUAAUAAUAAUAAUAAUAAUAAUAACAAUGACAAUAAUAAUAACCACAGGCAAUAAAAUAAAAAGAAUAAAAAAUACAAAUUUAGUUGAAAUAAAAAACUGGAAAAAGAAAACAAAAGGUAAAAAAAAAACUAAUUAACCUUUCCCCUGCCCCUGGAGGUUUUGAUUGCACCUGUACUUUAGUUUUUACCCUCUCCCCUUGCCCCAGUUUCUUCCAUGCUACAGCAGUUUAUGAUGAUGAUGAUGAUGGCAGUAACAACAGUAUAGGAUGGUGCCUUGCAAGGAUAACCAAAAAGAAAGAAACAAAUGGCUGGACACACAGACAGAUCAGUAAAAUGUUACACUUUAAUCUUGCUUCUGCUGUUACAGCUCCAACAACACCUUAUUACGAGGUGUGGCAGAAAGACCUCCUCUGGUUCAAUCGUUUGUCAAGAACGGUGAAUCUAGGAGGUUGUUUUGCUGCAUCCUGUAGAAUUAAUUGAUGCAAGUUACAGAUUUAUUAAUUAGCAAAUGUUUACAAAACAAAACUGGAAAAAGAAAAAAAAAACAAAAACAAAUUAUCAAAA